GGGCCAGCUCGGGCCAGCAGCUCCCGCUUCUGCACAUCCACCCCGACCCGGACCGACAUGGCCCAGGAGCCUCCCUCCCGCGCCCUGGAGCCCGAGCACGUCCAGCAGCUCCUGCGGUCCUCCCGCGAGGCCAAGAAGUCAGCCUACUGUCCCUACAGCCACUUCCGCGUGGGGGCCGCCCUGCUCACGCACGACGGGAGGGUCUUCUCAGGAUGCAACAUAGAAAAUGCCUGCUUCCCGCUGAGCGUGUGUGCUGAGCGGACUGCUAUCCAGAAGGCCAUCUCAGAAGGGCACAAGGAUUUCAGGGCCAUCGCUAUCUCCAGUGACCUGCAGGAUGACUUCAUCUCACCGUGUGGGGGCUGCAGGCAAGUCAUGAGAGAGUUUGGCAGUGACUGGGCUGUGUACAUGACCAAGCCGGAUGGUACCUAUGUUGUCAGGACAGUUCAGGAGCUGCUGCCAGCCUCUUUCGGGCCCGAGGACCUGCAGAAGACUCACUGAUGGAUGGCCAGAGAACACCCACUGCCUGGGAGAGCCUGAAUUCUCGCAGGGGCUAAAGGAGAUAGCCCUCAGAAACGUCAUAAGGCCUGGGUCAUCUGACACAUGGGCUUCAACCCUCCAGGGGCUGGGAGAGGUAACUUCCAGGUUAAAAUCCUUGGUGCUUGGAUUUCACAAGGCCUGACCCAGAGCCCCUCCUCAAAAUCCCUGCACCCCGGAAACCCUGACCACUGCCACCAUCUUUAAAAUACUAAGCCUGGCCUGCUUUUCCACCAGACUCCCUGAGCUUUUACCUUGCUCCACGGGACUUUUAUGAUCACAAACAUCACAGAGCAUUCUGACUCAGAAGAAUAUGCUUUUCUCUUUGUCUCUAUUACUGCUGGCAGCUUUUAAGAGGGACAGAGAGGGUAGAAAGAGCUGGGCAUGUUCUGCUGGAAGAACUAUGUGCCUUUCUGGGUAGAGUCUGAGUCUGUGGGCUUCUUGCCUCUGUGUUCCCAGAUGGGAGACCCCUAGGCUGGGCUGACUGCUGGUACCCAUCACUACAUAGUUGACCUCUGGGAUGGCCCUCCAAGGCCCAUGUGUUAAAGGCUUGGCACCAGCCUGUUAAACUACUGGGAGGUAGUGGACCUUUAAGAGGUGGGGCCUAGUGGGAGGAAGAGGGGUCGAUGGGGGC